UAAAGGGGUUUUCGGUUUUUCGCAAUUGGCGUAUUUUCGUUUUCGUUAACACUACGCGCUUGUGUUAUCAAAAUAGGAUAAACAUUGUGGGCGAUCAUAACCUUUUUGUUUGACGUUUGUUUCAUUGUUGUUUUUGAUAGUUUACUUGUGAAUUUUUCAAGACAAAAUGGGAGGCCACCAUAAACCACACAUACCAGAAGUUCCGGAUGCAUCAAAGUUCAAAGUUGAAAGCUCAGAAUUUUUAAUGGACAUACAAAAAAAGUUGGGAGAAAAAGGUUUGAAGGACCCAUGGCUGAGGAAUCACGUCUGGCGCACAGACCAGUGGAAAGGCAAAAAACAUCCCGACUGGGUGUUGCUAAGAAUAUUCACUUACGGCUGGAAAAUCUGGGUGCCUCUGGUCAUUGGUACCAUUGCUGUCGAAAGCUUUUUGGGCAUUGAUUAUCACGGCCAUAGUAAUCACGGCGAUCACGGGAACGGCGAUGGACACGGUGACAAGCAUUGAAAGUGAUUUAUCUAGAUAGAACCCUAAGCGAUUCUGUACUGUUGUAAGUUUAAUAAAGUUAUAUCGAAUCAA